UUGCUAUCGCGUCCGCGCCCCCCUCCAUCCAGCUUCCAGCCUCACAUCAACAAUGGGUGUCCUCGCUAGUUCCGCUGACAAAAAGGCCGGUAUUUUAUUAAAAGUGAAGACAGAAUAAGCCGCGACUGUGUUGACAAAGUUGUGCCGGAGUCCCGAUAAACGUACGCUGCUGCUGCCGGUGGGAUUUCACAAAGACUCCCGCUUUUAGCAGCUGUGGAUAACAGCGGCACAGCAGAACUCCACUCGCAGCUGGUUGAAGUGCGGCGAGAGUGUGACUGCUAUGGCCGGCGGAAGAAGAGGAUCCAACCGUACUGCAUACUGCCGUCCUCCACUCAGCAGCGAACCAGGAUCAGUCAGCAAUGGCAACCACUCCACCAGUUCCCCUGUGACAGGUGUGCGGUCCCGCGCUAGGAACGGGUCUGGGACCUGCAUGUCCAGCCCCCCGCUGGCGGCACAGACGGUGGUCCCUCUGAAGCACUGCAAGAUCCCAGAGCUGUCGGUGGAUUGUAACGUCCUCUUUGAGCUGCACCUUUUUAUCUGCCACCUCAUUGGCCUGUUCGUCCACUAUGUCACCAUCUACAAGACUGUAUGGUGGUAUCCUCCGUCACAUCCUCCCUCACACACAUCGCUGAAUUUUCACCUCAUCGAUUACAACAUGUUGGUGUUCACGGUCAUCGUACUGGCCAGGAGGUUAAUUGGAGCGAUCGUCAAGGAGGCGUCACAGAGUGGAAAACUCUCGUUUCCUCAUUCAAUUUUUUUAGUGAUGGCUCGGUUCGCAGUUCUGACACUGACGGGCUGGAGCCUGUGCCGCUCCCUCAUUUACCUCUUCAGGACUUACUCUGUCCUCAGUCUGCUCUUCCUCUGCUACCCAUUUGGAAUGUACAUCCCGUUCUUCCGUCUGAACUGUGACUUCCGUAGAGUAGGUCCACUCUCGCCUAUCGCCAGUAUCGGCUCCAAGGAGGUGGGGGGCAUGGGCCGGGGCAGGGACUACCUGACGGUGCUGAAGGAGACGUGGAAGCAGCACACCAGCCAGCUGUAUGGCGUCCAGGCAAUGCCGACCCACGCCUGCUAUCAGGAACUACCAUUUCUUGGAGUAACAGCAGUAUGUUUCCCUCAGAGUACGCAGUACGUGGACAAGCGCUGGUCCUGUGAACUCUUCAUCCUGAUCUCGGUCAGUACGUCAGUCAUCCUGAUGCGGCACCUGUUGCCACCGCGAUACUGCGACCUGCUUCACAAGGCUGCGGCUCACCUGGGUUGCUGGCAGAAAGUUGACCCCUCCCUCUGCUCUAACGUGCUCCAGCACAUCUGGACAGAGGAGUACAUGUGGCCACAGGGGGUGCUGGUGAAACAUAAUAAGAACGUCUACAAGGCCAUGGGUCACUAUAACGUUGCAGUGCCGUCGGAUGUCUCCCAUUAUCGUUUUUAUUUUUUCUUCAACAAGCCUUUACGUAUACUAAACAUACUCAUCAUCCUGGAGGGUGCUAUGAUCUUCUACCAGCUCUACUCACUGGUGUGCUCCGAGAAGUGGCAUCAGACGAUAUCGCUGGCGUUGAUUCUCUUCAGCAACUACUACGCCUUCUUCAAACUUCUGCGAGACAGAAUCGUCCUGGGGAAGGCGUACUCGUAUUCAAACAGCUCCUCCGACCCCAAAGUCAGUUAGGCUUUAAGUUAUUGUUGGUCUGGUUCAGACAAACAAGCCUAAGAGCUCUGUAUUUUAUAAAAUGCAUUUUGUGUCAAGUUUUUGUUCCGCUCCGCCAUAAUAAAAAGAAAUAUUUUUGUAUUACUUUAAA